CGUCGUUUGCUUCGCAUUUUCCCAUACGUACGUCUGCGUUGAAUCGUUUGCGCCUCAUCGCACCAUUCUCGCGCAUAUCAUCGUCCAUUAGUCGGUCGUCCGUCGGUGCACUACGCCACUAAGCCGCGAUUAAGCAGAGUGCCAGUGCUAGUGUUUUUGCACUUGUUGAGAAGGAGAUCAUCCAUUGCAAACGGGGGGAGAAUUUCGAUAGUUUUGUGAUACUAAACAGAAGACGUGUGUGACCUUGCGUAAGUUGACAGCCGUUUAUUGAUUGUUUGACCUACGAGUGAGUGGUGACUGGUGAGUUCUCGACGCAUCAAGCAAGAUGGCGCCGCCGAUUACCGCUGCUACUGUUGUGGCGUGCGGACCCGGCAGUGUAUCGCCGGUAGAGGUGAUCGGUUCGGGCAGCGGCAGUACUAGUAGUGGUCAUACGACGUCGAAUAAAAAUUGCUACUUCAACGAGGAUACGUUCAAGCUGAUUGAAUGCGUCAAAGCCCGGCCGGCGCUGUGGCACCGCAAGCAUCUCCGUCAGCGCGUUCAGGUUGCGCACCGUGGCUGGGAGGAAAUUCGCAAAGCAUUCAAGGCCACUGAAGUCACGUCCCUCAAGGUUCGCUGGAAGACCUUGCGCGACAGUUUUCGCCGUGAGGUGAAACGCAUUGAGGACGGAGAAAUUGUCACCUCCAGUUGGCCCCUGUUCGAUAAGAUGUCGUUCUUGAUCGGGCAUUUCCGAACACGGGAGAGCUACUUGAAAAAUGGAACUUCCUCACCGAGCCAAACUAAAUCCAACGAACACUGGAAGUUCUCAAGCCUUAACUCGCAGGAGCCGCAGACCGACGAGGAACCGGUUCACAAUAAUGCAACAUCUUCCAUGGGUGAAAGCGAAAGUGAAGUGGUGGAAUCCUUCGUGGUUUAUGACGACCCUAAGGCAACCACCUAUGAAACCGUCGUUGCAACCAGUAUGGAGCGUCUAGAAUCGGAUGACACGGCCACAGGAGCGGCUGUGGAGAUCGAUCCGGAGGAUCUGCAUAUGAUCGAGACGUACGAAGAGAAGGUGGGGAGCAAUGGCAAGAGGGAAGCCAAUUCAAGUCAGGACGUGAUCGAGGUGCCCUCGCACUUGUUCGGAGAGGUGACUUUUAAGAAUAAGCUGCGAGCACGAAUCAAAACGGAACCGGUCGAGAAGGUGAUGGAGGGUGCUUACGGCAUGGAAGCGGACUCGGAUUACAACUUUUUGAUGAGCUUGCACCCGUUUAUGAAACAGCUAUCGGGGAAGAAGAAUCUAUCGGUUAGAAUUAAGAUUCAGCAGGUGAUUGCUGAGGCCAUGGAUGAGAAUUAGCAUAGAGGGGUGAGGGUUAAAGGGUUGAUAUUAAGCAUUGAAUUGGAUCUGUUUUAUGUUAUUAUUAAUUAUUUGGACUUGUUUUGUUCGAAGCAUUGAAUAAAAGGCUG